CGCGAAGAGGUUAACCUCCAUUCAGUUCUGCCUUCAAUACUUCAUCUCACCUUUACGAAGCCUGAUUAAGCGAUUAAUCAACGUUAAUAUCAUCCUACGAAGAUGGCUGGACUCGCUGGAAAGGCAGUGACACUUGCUAAGACUGCACUGACACUGGCUAAACCACAAGCAGAGAUAAUCCUGCGUUACGCCAAGGUAGAGCUAACACCACCAAAGCCAGGUGAUAUCCCAGCAAUUCGUGCUGGUCUUGCAAAAUUAAUUCACAGUGCAAAAACCGGUGCGUACAAAAAUCUGACUGUCAAGGAGGCAUGGAUCAACACCCUCGUAGGAAUAGAAAUCUGGUGCUGGUUCUUCAUUGGUGAAUGCAUUGGCAAGAGGCAUCUCGUUGGUUACGACGUUUAAGUUUUUCAAUUCAUUAUUCAAUUAUUGAAGUAUCAUAGAUAUCAAAUUAUUGAUGAAAACAGAUGUUAACGAUACUCGUGCAUUCGUUGGAGUAAUAAAUACCUGAUUUCAAUGCA